AUUGUUGCGCGGUCACAUUUUUCCGAGGAGCGCAGAUUCGCAUUCCCAAUUUUAGGUGGCAGUCGCAACUCAUACUAUUCGGACAGAUGGCACAGAAACCGCUGCGCCUGUGAGUGACCGUGAAUGGAAGCCUCUCUCUUUCAGUCUCUUUCGUGUGUCUUGGCUUGUGGAGAUGUUGAAGGAAAGUUUGAUAUUUUGUUCAGUAGAAUUCGAGCAAUUCAGAAGAAAAGUGGAAACUUUGAUCUGCUGUUGUGUGUAGGAAAUUUCUUUGGCUCCACCCCAGAUGCUGAAUGGGAGGAGUAUAAGACUGGCAUCAAGAAAGCUCCUAUUCAGACAUAUGUGCUUGGUGCCAAUAACCAGGAAACAGUAAAAUAUUUCCAGGAUGCUGAUGGAUGCGAAUUAGCUGAAAACAUUACUUAUCUGGGUCGUAAAGGUAUCUUCACUGGAAGCUCGGGGCUGCAGAUUGUGUACCUCAGUGGCACAGAGUCCUUAAAUGAGCCAGUACCAAGUUAUAAUUUUAGUCCCAAGGAUGUGUCUUCUCUGAGUACGAUGCUGUGUACAACCUCCCAGUUUAAGGGUGUUGAUAUCUUGCUCACAUCCCCGUGGCCCAAGUAUGUGGGGAACUUUGGGAAUUCUUCUGGAGAAGUGGAUACCAAAAAAUGUGGCUCUGCUUUAGUUUCCAGUCUUGCCAUGGGCUUGAAACCAAGAUAUCAUUUUGCUGCUUUAGAAAAGACCUAUUAUGAGAGGCUUCCAUAUCGAAACCAUAUUGUUCUACAGGAAAAUGCACAGCAUGCCACCCGGUUUAUAGCUCUGGCAAAUGUUGGAAAUCCAGAAAAGAAAAAGUAUCUUUAUGCAUUCAGUAUUGUUCCCAUGAAGCUAAUGGAUGCAGCAGAACUGGUGAAACAGCCUCCGGAUGUCACUGAAAACCCUUACAGAAAAUCUGGGCAGGAAGCAUCCAUAGGAAAGCAAAUUCCUGCCCCUGUGGAAGAAUCAGCCUGUCAGUUUUUCUUUGAUUUAAAUGAAAAGCAGGGAAGGAAGCGUUCAUCCACAGGUAGAGAUAGCAAAUCUUCUCCUCACCCAAAGCAGCCUCGCAAACCUCCUCAGCCUCCAGGACCCUGCUGGUUUUGCCUUGCUAGCCCUGAAGUGGAAAAGCAUUUGGUGGUCAACAUCGGCACACAUUGCUACCUUGCCCUGGCCAAAGGAGGCUUAUCUGAUGACCAUGUCCUCAUCCUGCCCAUUGGACACUACCAGUCAGUGGUGGAGCUUUCAGCAGAGGUGGUAGAAGAGGUGGAGAAGUAUAAGGCCACACUGAGACGGUUCUUUAAGAGUCGAGGGAAACGGUGUGUUGUAUUUGAGAGAAAUUAUAAAAGCCAUCACCUCCAGCUACAGGUCAUUCCUGUCCCAGUCAGCUGCUGUGCUACUGAUGACAUUAAAAAUGCCUUCAUUACCCAGGCCCAGGAGCAGCAGAUAGAGCUGUUGGAAAUCCCAGAGCACUCUGACAUCAAGCAGAUUGCACAGCCAGGAACAGCAUAUUUUUAUGUUGAACUUGACACAGGAGAAAAGCUUUUCCACAGAAUUAAAAAGAAUUUUCCUUUGCAGUUUGGAAGGGAGGUCCUGGCCAGUGAAGCCAUCCUUAAUAUUCCUGGUAAGUCUGACUGGAGGCAGUGUCAGAUCAGCAAGGAAGACGAGGAGACCCUGGCUCGCCGCUUCCGGAAAGACUUUGAGCCCUAUGACUUUACUCUGGAUGACUAAACAAAGGGAAGACCUUUUUAUGAACUUCAUAGGAAGUAGUAAAGCCUUUUUGUUUUUCUUUUUAAUUAAAAUAAUUUUUUUCAAGA